AUGGUUAGCAGCAGUUCUCAGAGAAAUUUUCGCUCUCUGCUCAGCACAUUUCGCUCUCCAAGCUAUAAGUCUGCCCAAAUUCCAGAGGAGAAUGAUGACUUCGAAGGAACUCCAACAAAAAAAGCAUAUCGAGAGGGCUCCCUUCUCCCAAACUUCGAAGAGUUCCAGCGCCAACCACAGAUACCCAAUGCCGAAAUUGACGUAUUUGAUGAUGAUACCCCCCUGGAUGCUUUCGGUAUGGCAGCUACGGCGUAUCAAUGCUGUUGCUAUCCUGAUAGCGGUAUAAGCUAA